AUUAUCCCUAACAUUUUAAUUUUUAAUUUUUUACAACCCUUUAAUUCUUUUGCCCCUUAAUUCCUCUUCUUCAGCCGGUUACUCUCUCUCCGGUAGCCACACAACCACCAAUAACUCAGGUUGGUAAGAACCACCGUCUAGUAGAUGAAGCUCUGCUCUCAGUCUCACCUUCAGAGGCGGUCCAAGCUUUGAAGAAACCUUUGGAUUUUGCUGUGGAAAUGCUGCAACUGUUGUAGUUCCCUCCAACUGUUUGCAAAAAUGCCUCUUCUAGUUCUAGUUGGUCUUUUUUAUUUUUGGUUUGUUUUUCCAUAGACAAAGCCCUCUUUGCUAAGUUCAACACAUAAACACAGAGAGAGGAAAAGAUGCUGAGACCGCUUUUCACGAAGCCUACUUUGAAGCUUACCACAUUUUCCCUCAUCCAAUUCAAUCAACAGAGAGAGCUGCACAGUAGGAACAAGAAGGCGAUGGAGUUCAUAGCCAAAGGAUGGAGUGCUCUCAAGGAAGUUGAUAGAGUCAUCGAUUACUGUGAGCUCAAUGAUCGUCGUCUCAUUCCUCUCCUUAGGGCAGCUAAGGAAAACUUUGAGUUGGCUCUAGAGACCGACAACUCAAAUACCCAUGCCAGAUUUUGGUUGUCCAAAUUGCAUUUGAAAUAUCAUGUCCCAGGGGCAUGUAAAGCUGUAGGGGCUGCUUUGUUAGUUGAAGCUGCAGAUAUGGGUGAUGCAGAUGCACAAUAUGAAUUGGGCUGUCGACUGAGAGUUGAGAAUGAUUAUGUCCAAUCAGAUCAACAAGCUUUCUAUUAUUUGGAAAAGGCUGUUGACCAGAUGCAUCCUGGUGCUCUUUACCUUCUUGGUGCUGUAUAUUUAACUGGGGACUGUGUGAAGAAAGACGUUGCCUCAGCAUUAUGGUGUUUCCAUAGGGCAUCAGAGAAGGGACAUACCGGUGCAGCUAUUGCAUAUGGAUCCCUUCUUCUAAGAGGUGUACAAGUCCCAGAUUCUCUUACGAAAUUCAGUGCUAAGAGGGGCUCCUCUGCCAAAACAAGGAAGAACAAAGAAAGCCCCAUGAUGAAUCCAGUAGAGAUGGCCAGACAACAGUUCCAAAUUGCAGCAAAAGCUGGAUGUGAUCUUGGCCUUAGAUGGUUGGAUAGACUUGAGGAGGAAGAGAAACGUCUACUCACUAAAUAACAUAUGUCUAGACAUAAUUAGUUCUGUGGCACAACUAAACUGACAUGAGUACCAACGAAAGGUAUGGGCUCAAGAUCAACCAAUGAAGAAAGUCAGUGUUCCGCUGAAACUCCACCAUACUUCUUGUCUGUAAUGGUUAUUUGUCAGCAAGAUAUUUCUAUAAUGUAACAUGUUGUAUGAUCUUGAAAUAUCUUCAAAUAUGAUUUGGAAUUGCUCCAUGUGCCAAAAAAUUCGUCUUUGUGAAAUUUGGAUUUACUGUGCCAA